AUGUUGAAAUUUUGUUGUUGGGUUUUAGUGUUAAUAGUAGUCGUGCCGCAUCAUGCACACAGUCAAAUUGGAUUUUCAUCACAUUCAUCAUGCUCACAACGUAAUCCCAAAAUUGUCGGUGGCCUCGAGGCAGAUCGACAUGAAAUGCCCUAUAUGGUUAGUCUAACACGGCGCGGUGGACAUUUUUGUGGUGCCACAAUAAUACACGAAAAAUGGAUACUAACGGCAGGGCACUGCAUCUGCAAUGGACUGAAUAAAUUUAUGAAACCCUCACAAAUACAGGGUGUUGUGGGUCUGCACAGCAUAUCGCAAUAUUUGAAUGGCAUACACAAUGAACGGGAUGGAGCUGCACCGGUGCAAGUGAAUUUCAAAAAUAUAAUACCGCAUCCGAAUUAUCAAUGCACGAAUACGAAAAAUGAUAUUGCCCUAAUGGAAGUAUUACAGCCCAUAGCAUUUUCGAAAUAUAUCCAGCCAUCUUGCCUGAAUUCCGAUCUCUUGCGUAGCAAUGAAAAUGAAUUGGCCACUGUCUCCGGCUGGGGUUGGACCAAUGAAAAUCAAGCGGAGGGUUCUCGUUCGGAUGUCCUGCGCAAGGCCACUGUCCGUGUAUGGAAUAAUAAUGCCUGUGAGAAGUCCUAUCAAUUGAAUGGAAGGCCCUCAAGUGUUAUAAGUGAUACGCAAAUGUGUGCGGGUUAUGAAAAUGGUGGCAUUGAUUCAUGCUGGGCCGAUUCUGGUGGCCCCCUGAUGUCCAAGGAAAACUUCUUGAUUGGUGUCGUCUCAACGGGCAUUGGCUGUGCGCGGCCUGGCCUGCCUGGGAUCUAUACCAGAGUUAGCAAAUAUAUUCCAUGGAUGGAAUCUGUGAUAUUUUCUAGAUAA